AUGCCCCUUUUUACAGGCCAGCUGCCUUCCUGGGCAAGCUCUGGCGAUCGAUGGGCCCCUGAGGCGCUGGAGGUUAACGAGACCUUGAAUGCUAUGGUCUUCUGCGACAAGGAGCCCUCUGGGGAGCAUCGGAUCGGCUGGGUGCUGGCGGAGGGUACGCAGCGGCUGCCGGAAAGCUGGUCGCGAUAUGCUCCAGGACCCCUGGAGCUUGGGGGCGCCAAAGGGGGCGACAUCGACCCGCAUCUCUUCCGAGACGUAGAUGGCGCGACGUACUUGCUGUGGAAGACGGUGUGGGGAUCCGAAAUUCCGAGCUCUCCAAAGCAGAGCGGACGUUUGGCCAGCU